AUGGACAUUCAAGUGCUGGCUGUAAGUAAGACCUCAAGUGUGAUUCAGGAGAGGGGUGUUAAGACAGCUGAAGUUGCGGCGAGAGUGACUUUGACUUGCUCCUGUCAAAGUGACUCUGUAACUUUCCUCUCUUGGUACCAGCAGAGCCUGGGUGGCAAACCUCAGCUGAUAUCAUCUCGAAUGAAGCACAGCACAGAUGUUGAAAUCACCCCUGCGUAUAAAGACAGAUAUGAAGUCUUUGCACAGAAUGAAAAUUGCAUCAAUAAUCUCAUCAUCACAGACCUUCGCCUGUCGGACUCAGCGACGUAUUACUGUGGAGUUUUAGUAUUCAACGCCAUUGAAUUUGGAAAAGGAGUUUUUCUUCAUGUCAGAACAUCGCCAUCCAACAUCCAAUCUGCUGUCCAUCAACCAGCAUUGCAGCCACUUCGACUGGGGGACUCUGUGAAUUUGAGCUGUACAGCGUAUCCUAAACCAUGUGCAGAAAAUCCGACUUUCUACUGGUUCAGACAUGAUGAGUCCCAGCCCGCGAUCAUGUAUCCCAGUGAAGGUCAGUGCACGAGCCUCUCAAAUGAAAAGCCUUACAGGAAAAGCUGCACUCUGAACCUUGCAAUAAAGUCUGUGAACAUCUCUGAUGCUGGGACUUACUACUGCGCUCUCGCCUCUUGUGGGGAGAUUGUUCUUGGAAAUGGAACAAGGGUUGGGAUUGUCGCUCCUGCCAAGGCCCACUUUCUCCUGGUGUACUGCCUGAGUGUAGCAUUGGGAGUGUCCAUUAUUGUGCUCCUGAGCUUGGCUUUAGUCGCGUACAAGAUGAAAAGAGGGACAUGCUCUGUUUGCAAAGGAAGUGUUCCUCAUCCGGCAGCUUCUGCAGCAUCUGACAUUGUGAACCAAGAUGCUGACAGUCUCCACUAUGCUGCUCUAAAUCUGAAGAAGAAAAACGAACGACCACAUAGAGAAGAGGACAUGGAGAGUGUUUGUGUAUAUUCUAGAGUGAAGAGCAGAAAGGUGUGAACAUCGUGUCUAAACGUCACAGAUGCAAGAAAUGAAUGAUUU